UUCUUCGACUGCGAAAAAUCCACCAUCUUGAACCCUAAACCGCAGAAGUCCCUGAUCCAUAACUGCUGUACCGAGAAAGAUGAAGACCAAGACGCCAUUAAAGCAACUCAAACUCGCUGUCCCUGCUCAAGAAACCCCCAUCUCCUCAUUCCUGACUGCAAGUGGCACAUUUCAUGACGGGGAUCUGCUUUUAAACCAGAAAGGAUUGCGCCUCAUCUCAGAAGAAAAAGAAUCGCGGCCUUCUGAUGGUAAGGAACUGGAUUUUGACUUCACACUGGAAGACCUUGAGACCAUGAAAGUGAUUGGAAAGGGAAGUGGUGGUGUAGUACAACUUGUUCGCCAUAAGUGGGUUGGAAAAUUAUUUGCCUUGAAGGUUAUUCAGAUGAACAUACAAGAGGAGAUUCGAAAACAGAUUGUACAGGAGCUGAAAAUUAACCAAGCAUCACAGUGUCCCCAUGUUGUAGUUUGUUACCACUCUUUCUACCAUAAUGGAGCCAUAUCUCUUGUGUUAGAAUACAUGGAUCGUGGUUCUCUAGCGGAUGUAAUCAGACAAGUUAAAACAAUUUUGGAACCAUAUCUUGCAGUUGUUUGUAAGCAGGUCUUGCAAGGUCUUGUUUACUUGCAUCAUGAAAGACAUGUAAUUCAUAGGGACAUCAAACCGUCCAAUCUGUUAGUAAAUCACAAAGGGGAGGUUAAGAUUACUGAUUUUGGUGUUAGUGCUAUGCUGGCCAGCUCAAUGGGCCAACGAGAUACAUUUGUCGGAACUUACAACUAUAUGUCGCCAGAAAGAAUCAGUGGGAGUACUUAUGAUUAUAGCAGCGACAUCUGGAGCUUGGGCAUGGUAGUACUUGAGUGUGCCAUAGGCCGUUUUCCUUAUAUACAAUCUGAAGACCAGCAAAGCGGGCCUAGCUUUUAUGAGCUUUUGGAAGCAAUCGUGGAAAGUCCUCCACCUUCUGCUCCGUCUGAUCAGUUCUCUCCAGAGUUCUGUUCAUUUGUGUCAUCCUGCAUACAAAAGGAUCCACGCGACAGAUUGACAUCCUUGGAGCUUCUGAGUCAUCCUUUCAUAAAAAAGUUUGAAGACAAGGAUUUAGAUCUUGGGAUUCUGGUAGGCAGCUUGGAACCUCCUGUAAAUUUUCCUAGAUAACAUGUCCUACAAAGUAUGUGUAAAAUUUUUAAUGUGACAGCCAUGAGUCUAUAUAUGGUAACAGAUCAGUGAAUUCUUCUAUUUUCACCGAUGUAAUGCUGCAAAUGAUGAUACCAGCAUCAGUCCUGGGCUUGUUAAUUCCAUUGACAGUGUCCCUUCACCCAAGUUUUGUAUAAUAGGUGUUUGCAUUGAACUAAACCGGUUUA